AAAUUGAGCUAGUUUUCGCUUUGAAAAUUAUUUCAUAACUAAUCUACAAACUCAUAACCGUACCAUGGUAUCUUCAAAGUUCUUUACUAUCUGUGGCUUGGCCGCCGUUGUCUUAACUGUCAACGCCCACGAAGGCCACGAUCAUGACCACGACCACGAUCAUGUUGUUGAAACUGCUCAACAAGAACAGGUUUCCCCGACAGGCUCCCUGGCUACUUCUACUCAAACUUCCUCGUCUCCGGCCUCUUCGGCUUCAGCAGGAGCCGCCAGCAAUAUGAAUAGUGGUUUUGUUGCCGCUGCCUGUAUUGCCGCUGCCCUCUUGGGUUAAACAAGCUAUGAGUGAGUUAUUGACUAGUUCCCGAAAAUCAUGUUUCACAUCCUUGACAGUGAUAUUUCUGAAGUUUUAUUUUGUCCCUUUUCCAAGGCCCGAUGUAUAUAGAUCCCGCAUGGGAUAUUCUGUAUCUGAAUUUGAAAUCUUAGGCAUAACUCACGCCGAAUCCAUGAAUUAAACACCAUAAUGGGGUAAAUUUGGUGUACACUUUCUUGUCAAGCAAGCACGUAAGAUACGAUUACAAAUAGCACAUCACUCUAGGACAGGAAUUUCACUGAUAUAACACUGACCUACUUUCUGUGCUGCAGUCAUACUCUUGUUUGAACUUUUAUAUAUGGCUUGUGCGUUAUUCUCAGUACUCUGUCUAAGU